AUGGAAUCAAAAUCCCUUCCCCAGCCUCUAACAAGAGUCAUCCUAGCUGAUCAGGUCAUUCCGACCAUGAAAGGCAUCAUCAGUCAGUACCAUGCUGUACGGGAAGGCAUCAUUCAAGAUGUAAACCCGCAAACAGCCAGCUUUAGCAACGUCAUUCAGCCCUUGAUCAACAUUGACAACGCAACCCAGGGGGAUAUUGCCUCUGAAGAAGCUUGUACUCUCAUCAACGAAGAUCAAGCGGCUUUUACCGCAAGAUCAGACUUCUGGUGCCUCAUCAAAGCUAUCAAAGAAGGAUCUGACGAAACUCUCCAUUUCGAAGCUCAAAAGUACCUCAACAAGACUUUUCUGGAAUUUGAGCAGUUUUUACACGCCACUUUACAGCCUCAACAGAUCAAACAGUGA